AUGCCAUGCCAUCGAAGAGGACCAUGGUCUAAUUUAGAGGACAAGUAUUUGAUGCAGCUCGUCCAUGCACAUGGCCCUCUCAACUGGGUUCGCAUAGCCCAGACACUGGGCUCGCGCACCCCCAAGCAGUGUCGCGAGCGCUAUCACCAGAACCUGAAGCCGACGCUAAACCACGAGCCCAUCACUCCUGAGGAGGGUCUGCAAAUCGAACGCCUUGUACACGAGAUUGGCAAGCGCUGGGCCGAAAUCGCCCGUCGACUCCAUGGCCGGAGCGACAACGCCGUCAAGAAUUGGUGGAACGGUAGCCAGAAUCGCCGCAAGCGCCUCGACCGCCGCCGCGCCGUGACACACACACACGCCUUUUUUGACGACGACAGGUGUCCACGGGUUGUGCCCUUGCCCAUGGUGAGACCGGGUGGCCUCCCAUUUCCUCGGUCGGCCGCCUGCCCUCGCUCUCCAGCCGCCGACGGCCAUGUACUCCACCGUCAUGUCCUAUGGGGUGAGGCGCCUUUACCCUCGCCCUGCUCAUCUGAGCCCGCGGAGUCGGAUGCCGGCUCCAACUACACGACGUCGCCGGCUGGCAGCUCGCGAGUCCUGGACCAGACUCCCAUUGAGCUGCCGCCCUUGCGAACAUGGCAGGCUUCAAGGUCUAGGGGUGCCCGCCUGCCCAGUCUCAGCUCCUUGGCUCCCCAAAAUGGCCAGCCCGGGUCGCAACCUCGUCCGCCUCUGGCAGGAGCCCUGGGUCAGCUGCCAACGGCGCCCAACUCACCUGUGCAGAGCCAAGAGCAGCAGCAGCAGGCCGGGUCCGGGUCCGAGCCUGCCACUCGAGAUAGGGACUCGAGGAUGAGGCUGGCGACGCUGCUUGGUUGA